UAGCCAGCCAAUCCAUUAUCACAUAUUUAAUAUAUCAUCUUCUUCUCUUAUAUAUACAUAUAUUCUUCUUAAUUUGUGUAUUUGCUAAAUAGUAACCAUGGCUACCACCGAAUCCUCAAAGCCUUGGAGACCAUUUACUUCAAAUUGUUGUUCAGCUGAUAACCAAACAAUUUUGGGCAAUUUCAGCCGUUGUAGGACAUCCAAAUCCGAUUUCUCAAAGAACAUUGCUCCGUUACCAUCGUUUCGACGAUUGUCAUUUUCCGAUCUUAGCCGUUCAUCGUCGAUACGUAUCAACGAGGAUCUCGCACAAUCUUUCGGUCCCGAUUUGUAUGAUUUUCAACUAAGUGAGCUACGGGCUAUAACCCAGAAUUUUUCUGCCAAUUAUAUGCUAGGAGAAGGUGGGUUUGGGACUGUGCAUAAAGGUUACGUGGAUGAGAAUUUAAGGCAAGGGUUGAAACCUCAAGCUGUUGCUGUCAAGCUUUUGGACAUUGAAGGUCUACAAGGACACCGUGAAUGGCUUGCUGAAGUGAUAUUGUUGGGGCAACUACGGCACCCACACCUAGUGAAAUUGAUUGGGUAUUGUUGUGAAGACGAACAACGUCUCCUUGUCUAUGAGUUCAUGGCCAGAGGAAGUUUGGAGAAUCAUUUAUUCAAAAGGCCGGGGAUCUCAACAUCACUACCAUGGGGAACCAGAUUAAAGAUAGCCAUUGGAGCUGCGAAAGGGCUUGCAUUCUUGCAUGGGGCUGAGAAUCCUGUCAUAUAUCGUGACUUCAAAACUUCCAAUAUCUUGCUUCAUUCUGAUUUUACAGCUAAACUAUCGGAUUUUGGACUUGCCAAGAUAGGACCUGAGGGCUCAAACACGCAUGUCACAACUCGCGUUAUGGGUACCUAUGGUUAUGCUGCCCCAGAAUACGUAUCAACAGGUCACUUGACCACAAAGAGUGAUGUUUACAGUUUCGGAGUAGUAUUAUUAGAGAUGCUUACAGGAAAAAGAGCAGUGGACAAAUCGCGGUGUAAGAAUGAGCAAAACCUAGUUGAUUGGGCUAAACCUUACUUAAAUAGUAGUCGAAGGCUGCGCUAUAUUAUGGAUCCAAGACUUGGCGGCCAGUAUUCAGUGAGAGGAGCAAAACAAAUGUCUCUUCUAGCUUUACAAUGCAUUAGUUUGAACCCAAAAGAUAGGCCGAAGAUGACAGUCGUUAUUCAAACACUUGAAUCCUUACUAGAGUACAAGGACAUGGCAAUCUCUUGUGGGCAAUGGCCUGUCUCCUCAAACUCUACUAAAAAGACUGGACUUCCUAGUUCUGCUCCUAAUUUUAGAGCACAAAGUAGAUCAAGUUCAGUUGGUGUUCAGAAUAAAAAACCCAAUUCAGCUGUUCCAACUCCAAGGAAGGUUGUAUGAUUCAUUCAGGUCAACCAUAAUAUAUAUUAUAUAUUUCUUUUGUAAUCUUUAAUGUAUUUAUGAUUGUAAGUAUAUAUAAGCAAGUUUCAAAAAGUAAUGCAGCUGUGCUUUGUAAAUAUUUGAACAAUGGGGACGAGCUGCUAUAUAUCAUGUAUACAAGUUUUCAAAACAAAAAAAAUUAAAGGAA